AUGAGUUUGUCAGAUUUGAAGAACAGCAUCUUGGAGAAGCUUGGCGUGUUGGGUAGCAAGUGGGUGAAGAAACUAUUCUACAAGAUUCCCAUGGCGGUUGUCUCGACCGGUGUUCAGUAUGAAACCUUUGCGGUUAAGGCUGAUGAAGAUAUUAGGGUUCUGUUCUACUGUGUAAGGAGUUUUCCGGAGAUCAGAAUCCAUGAGUUGUUCGCGAAGUUGGAGGUUGGUGUCGAUAGUUCUGGGGCAUCCACUCCAGUUCCUUGCCCAGCUACUGCGGGUGGUGCAUCUAGUUCGAUGCCUGCGGUCAGAUCGUAUCUUCCGCCGGUUCAAUCACCUUCGUUUGCGGCUGAUUUAGACCGAACGGAGGUUGUUGGUUCUGUACCUUUGGAGAAUGCAGCAGUCAUUGAGCCUCCCCACGUUGUGGGCACCGGUGGUGGCCUCGUACCUUAUAUCGAAGACUUUGGUGGACCUGAUCAAGUAGAGGAUGCAAUGCGUGACGAUGAGUCUGAGCAGGAGCCUGUUGAUAUCGAUGGUGACAGCGACGAUGACACAGGUGGCGAUCCAGAUGCGCAGCAUCGGCCUUCAAGUUCUGGUUCUCAUCAGUACCCUCCACACUUCUCCACACUAAAUUUGGAAGCUCUUGGUCAACAGGAAGACAGUGGUAACAGAGUGGGGGGAUCUUCUACAGAAUUUCAGAUUGGGCAAUCAUUCCAGAGUAAAGAUGAAGCUGUGCUGAGUGUAAAGGACUAUAGCAUUCGGCGAGGUGUUGAGUACAGAGUCAUCGAAUCGGAUCAUUUGAAGUAUCAUGGAAAAUGCAAGGAAUUCGGCAAGGGUUGUAGUUGGUUGAUUCGUGUAGCGCUUCGUGCACGAAAGGGGAUUUGGGAGGUUAUGAGGUACAACAGGCCACACACAUGCCUCGCAACUUCUAUUUCAAGUGAUCACCGUCAGCUGGAUUACCACGUUAUAUGUGCGAGGAUUCUUCCUAUGGUUAGGGCCGAUGCUGCGGUUACGGUAAAGGUACUUCAACAAGCGACAGAAGCUGAUUACGGUUUCAGGCCUAGUUACAGGAAGGUUUGGAUGGCUAAGCAGAAGGCAGUGGCACAAAUAUAUGGAGAUUGGGAAGAGUCUUACACGGAGUUGCCACGUUGGAUGCUAGGGAUCCAGGCGACAAUGCCGGGAACAAUCACGGUGCUGAAGACGUCUCCUGUUCGGAUUGGUGGUGGGGUUGAUGAGUCCACGGUGUACUUUUACCGGCUUUUCUGGACAUUUCCACCCUGUAUCGAGGCAUUCCGGCAUUGCAAGCCCCUCUUCAGUAUUGAUGGUACCCACUUGUAUGGGAAGUAUGGAGGGACGCUGCUGUUGGCGAUAGCUCAGGACAGGAACUCGAACAUCCUCCCGAUAGCAUUUGCCCUUGUGGAGGGCGAAAAUGUAGAGUCGUGGCAUAAUGGGAUCAAGACACCACUUGAGGCACCUGAGACUGGAUGGCUGCCUCCUCGGGCUUUCCGGGCCUACUGUAUAAGGCAUGUGGCUGCGAAUUUCGCCCUAACGUUCAAAGGUAAGGACUCAAGGAGGAUGCUGGUGAAUGCUGCCUACGCAAAGACUGAGGCAGAGUUUUACUACUGGUUCGACAUCAUGCGGACUGAGAAUCCAGCAAUGUGUGACUAG